AUGUCCGCCAACGACUACUACAACAACGCCGGCGGCAGCGGCGGAUACCCCCCUCAGCAGCAAUACGGCCAGCAGCAACAAUACGGAGGCGGUUAUCCCCAGCAGCAGCAGGGCUACCCUCAGCAGCAGCAAUACGGCCAACAGCAGCAAUACAACCAAUCCUACCCCCCUCAGCAACAACAACAACACUACGGCCAGCCCCAAUACGACAACAACCGCAGCGCCUCUCCCUACGGCCAGCCCCAGUACGACCAGCAACAACAGUACGGCCAGCACCAGCAGCAGUACGGUCAGCAGCAGCCUGGCUACGGCGGUCAGUACCCCGGCGCCGACCAGCAGGGCCAGUACCCCGGCGCUGAGGGCCAGGACGGCGACCGCGGCCUCGGCGCGACCCUCAUCGGAGGCGGUGCCGCUGCUUUCGCUGCUAAGAAGGCUGGCGGAGGCCUCGUGGGCAGUGGUCUGGCCGCUGUGGGCGGUGCCAUCGCCGCAAACUUGAUUGAGAACGUGUUUGAGAAACGCAAGGAGAAGAAGGAGGCUGAGAACAUGGCCUACGGAGGCCAGGGCGGACACCACCACCACCACCACCGUGACUAA